AUGGUGAAAACAAAACAGAAUCCAAAAACAUCGUUGAAACGUUUGAGUCAAAAAUUGUCCAUCGAUAGUGUAGCAUCGAAUUCAACGGCUGGUACACCGAACCAAACCAAACGCCAAAGACAACUUGCCGUUAAGAAGGCGAUGGCUGAAAAGCAAAUGGAAGCGUUGUUCAAUGAGAUUAAUAAGAGCCAGAUCAAGGAAAAACCAUCGAAAGAAAAAAUGGAGCUUGAAAAUCAACGCAAACUUCACGAUAAUCUCAUAAUGAAUUUCUGCAUAAAACGUUACCCGACAAACUUUUUGCUCAAAGGCUUGCCCAAAAAUCCAAUCUGCCAAUUUUGCCUUGGAAGUGGCAGUGUUAUGAAAUGCGCAGGAAAAUGCAGCCUGUAUUUUCAUAGGGAUUGCCUGAGUAAGUCGCUUUCAGAUGCAGACUACAAUGCGAUUUUGAAGCGAAAAAUGUUGGAAAACGAUGAAGAAACGAUUGAUACUGUUUCCAUUAUUGAAGAGAAUUUGGAUAAAAUGCAGUGUGCAACUUGCACAACGUCAACAGCCAAUGUCUGUUUUAUAUGUUCGGAUUCAGGCGCCGAUUGUGUUCAAUGUUGCGACAAAAAUUGUGGAAAAGCAUACCAUUUGGAGUGCCUCAAGUAUUGGCCACAGCACAAAAAGCAAUACGCAAGCAGCCAACUCAAAAGUUUGCACUGCUCUCGACACGUCUGUCAUACUUGUGUUUCGCCCAACAUUCGCAAUUUGUUUCAAACCACAGAGCCAGAUAAGAAGCUAAUCAAAUGUAUACUGUGCCCGGGAACAUAUCAUCGUUCAUCGGAAUGUAUUCCAGCUGGAAGUGAGCUGCUAUCGGAGACACAAUUGAUUUGUGCUCGCCAUCAAUCAACCAAAAAUGAUUGGAAACGUACUCACACAGAUCAUUGUGUUUUAUGUUCUGGACAGGGUGAAGUUUUUUGUUGCGAUCAUUGCCCUCAUGCAUUUCAUCAAAACUGUCUGAAAGGAAUUGGUAUAAAUGUAACCGUUGGUAAUCAUUUCGAUUGUGAGGAUUGUGAAUCCGGUCGUCGGCCGUUGUUUGGAGAAAUCGUGUGGUGUAAAUAUUCACGAUCACAAUGGUGGCCAUCAAUAACAGUACCCACACCGUGUAUUCCCGAUCGAGUGAUCGCCAGAAAAAAGGAGCCCAAUCAGAUUUGUGUAUUCUUCUUUGGUACACAUGAUUACGGCUGGGUGUCUCAGACACAAAUCUAUCGAUAUGUGACCGAAGAUAAAAAUUUCCGGACGGGAAAUGAAACGAAGAAAUUGAAAAAUGCGAUGGAUGAGGCCGAACAGUGGAUGAGUCGAUAUAAAGAGAUAAGCGAGAAAAAUGCCAAAUCCAGUAGUACGGCCAGCAAGCCACCACCUUACAAAAAAAUCAAAACCAACCGAGUGGUAGCCAGGUUCAAGGAGUCGGAAUACAAUGAGUGCAAAUGUCGCCCCGAUGAUCCAGCACCGUGCAGUAUCGAAAGCAAUUGUUACAAUGCAAUGCUGAGCUUUGAAUGCGAUCCGGACUUAUGUCCAGCGAAAGACAAGUGUCAAAAUCAAAAUUUUCAUCGUGGAGUACAGUUUUUGUUUGAAGUCAAAAUGACCAAAUCCAAAGGGUGGGGCCUAUUUGCCAAGGAGAAGAUUCCCGCAGAGAAAUUUAUCAUUGAGUACAUGGGAGAGGUGAUAGACAGUGUGGAAUUUGAUCAACGUUUCAAUCGCGCCAAAGCCAAUAAAAUCGAAAACUACUAUUUUUUGACAAUCGGGCAAAAUAUGUUCAUUGACGCGGCCGUGUAUGCGAACGAGGCACGUUUCAUUAACCAUUCGUGUGAUCCAAACGUUGCGCCAAACAAAUGGACACAUGGACAGUGUACUCAAAUGGACAAGAGCAAAUUCGCAUUGGACUCUUUGCACGGCGCGAGAUUCUACCGGGCGAAGAAAUCACUUUUGAUUACAACUGGGGCAAAAAGAAUAUGCAGACCGUGUGUCAAUGCGGAUCACAAAAGUGUCGAGGCUACAUUUAAACUGUUGUAUAGAUCAAUGGUUAAUGUGACAUUAUUGUCUAGUUAA